AUGGGCUUCAUAAAGGUAUACCAAAAGCUGCGGACUCGGACGGGAGAAUCAAAUUGGACCAUUCUAUAUAUAGUUUCUGCUAUAUUUCAAAUGCUCGUGUCUAUUGCGAUCGAGGCUGUUAUCCUGAGGCUAAACGAGAGUAGCACCACACAGUUGACAAGCCUGGCCCCUAUGUACGAUAAUGCUACCAACCGCCAAUUUUCUCAUAAGAUGUAUAACUAUAGUAAUUAUCGAACACAGUACCUAUCCAUUAUAGAUGGAAAUGUUUGGUUCAUGGUCAUCGAAACUUUUCUGACGGCAUUAUGCAUCUCCGCGCUGUUUUUCCAAAACACGAUAGAAAUAAUAUCAAUAGGAAUAAUAAAUAUAUUAUUGUUGUUCUUUGCUGGUACACAAGCAUUUCAGAGUAAUAUGUGGAUUGAUCACAUAAACGACCAGCUGGAAUUAGAUCACGCAACUACAAGGUUUUCAAAAAAUGUGGUCACGUGGGAAGCGAUACAACUUUUAAUCUUAACGGCUUUUGCGGUAAAUUCAAUAUUUCUGGGAUACAAACUGUAUAAACAAUUUGGAUGGAACAUAUAUAAAAGAAUAGGUGCAAACAUUAAGACACAAAGAAUGUAUCGAACAUACCUUGUAUUCAUUUUGUUGCUGAAAUUGGAUGUCUUUCUCCUGAUGGGUUUUCAAAUUCUUAAUUUGAUAUUCUUGUUCGGUGAUCCUUUUGGCAACACACGAACCAUCAUCUUUCAAAGUAUCAUGGUGGUUAUUGUCAUUCCAGUGGUUGCUUUGGCAUUGUGGGGAGUGCGAACUGAAAAUACAAUCGCUAUGAUCAUCUGUUUCUUAGCUUCAGUAGUCACCAUAAUCAACUUUAUUUACAUUCUGGCCCAGUUUAUUAUCGAACGUGACGAAAACUUGUUGACGCUUUUGGAUAUUUUAGGUAUUGUGUUGACUGUAUUAUCAAUACUGGUCGCAUACUUGGCACAUAGUAAUUUUGGAUCGGGACUGAAAGAUCAUUUUCAAAAAAGAAAUCAUGAUGGUGCUGUCAACCUUGAAGCAGACCCCCGGAAACGUUUUUCGAUUGAUGAUUGA